AGGCAGCUUUACUCUCUUUUCUGUAUUCUCAAAACGUAAACAAACAAGGCAACAUAAACGCGUCCAACAACAUCAGUACUGGUGCAGUCAUCGGGAGGACAAACCCUUCAUGCAAACUGCACGUACUAUAAACAACAACAAAUAUGGAUAUAGAUCAGCACCUUAUGUGGCUGAUCAGUGCCAUAAAAGCGUCAAUUGAUGGUGAAGUAGUCGAUGACAGAAAAUUGGUUAAGAACAUUGGUGAUUGCUUUCUGCGAAUCAAGAAGGCGAGUCCAAUUGGUAACAAAAGCAAGCAAUUUGAUGAUUUUCGUGCAAGGGCAACACUACUUCUGCUGUUAUGCUGUAGAAGAAUACGGGAACUUUCAAUUAUAAAAACCAGCAAAGAUUUUCAGUCUGUUGUUGUGACAUUGCCAGUACUUUCAGAAUCUGCAUUUUUCUCUGUUAUCAGGAGUCAGAAAAUGUACAGGUUCUUGGCCCCAAUUUUAUCAUGGGUCUCGCCUGAGGUUAUCCAGGAAAUAAUGAAACAGUACUUCAUUUGCAUAGAUGAAGUAACACCAGUGACACUUGCGAUCACUUUAGAACUUUUGAAAGGGUUACUCUUUAGUUUUCAACAUGAAAUUGCUAAAGAUAAUUCAAGCCAUAUAGAAUGUUUACAUUUAUUAUUGAAAUUUUUAUCCACAAAGAGUAUAUCAAGUGAGACACCAGUAUUGGUUAAGUCAAGUGGUUAUUAUUAUUUGUAUAUCUGUGAAUUUGUGUAUUUAAUGCUUACUGUCUAUGCUGGUCAGUGUUUAAAAGAACCUGAUGUUUAUACAUCAUUGCAAGUGUGGAUAAGUUUAUGGAAAAAUGAGAGAGAUCUUUCUGGCACAGAACCUUGCCUUUCAUUUAUCAAAGAAACUAUUAGAUCCCUCCUAAGUGUGUGUCAGUUGAAUUGUAAAGCAAUAAGUGUGGAUAUUUGGAUGACGUGGAAUGAUCUCAUUUUACCAGCAUUAGUAACAGUCCAUGGGAACUCUUCAAUUUUCACUGGGAAAGUGUUUCAAAAAAGCAUACAGUCAGUCAUAUGCAACAUAGCUUUUGAUAUACUAAGGAUCUUAGACUCACAUCCAGACAUACCAGAGUCCUUGAACUCUAGUGAGUUCCAAUCUCUCUUGAAUUUCUUCAAAGAAGUGGCAUCAGACCCAGACUAUGAUCCUGAUGAAGCUCUCACACUUAAGGAGUUGUUACAGGAAAUAGAACUGAAAGAUGAUCGUCAGCCAAAGCUGCUUGGAAUUUUAAUGAAGAGAGAUAUUUUUGCAUCACAGGAUGUCCAGGAGUGUGUGAAAGCAUACAGUGCAGAAAUUCCUUGUAGUAUGAGGCAGGAUAUUUUAUUAAGAUUCAUCCAGCAUAACAAAGCGGGGAAACACUCCAGUGCCGAUUGGUUAAAUCUUAUUCUGGAUAUGGCAGCAGUGCUUCCUGCUAAGCAGCUGCUGUCGGUUAUUGAAGAGCAUCUUGCAUAUGGACUAGAUGAGAGACUCAUGGCAGCGGACUUUAGUAAUCAGCUGACAGCAGUAUUUAAUCAACUGGCUGGGCAAAAUUCAUCAGUGCCUUCAGAGAGACAUGUCUGGUUGUGCUUGCAGUCGGGAAAAGCUGUUGUGGAGCAAGCUGUAACACUGUCGAUCAGCUUAAGUGGACUUGUCCCAGUUAUGGUUCAGGCACUGACAACCAUCCCUCAAGUUUGUCAGGCUGUUCUACCCACAGGCCGAACCCUUUUGGUUUCUACUCUACUUGAACGACAACAAUUUGGGCUCUCUGUUAAGGAAGAGCAAGAAUUUGCUAAUUUGGUGAAAGGAUUGUUAAAUGCUGGGAAUGUCUUGCCAGCAUCUGAGGUCCUGGAAGGGAUGAUUAAGCCAUUUUUGAUUGUCUCGAGUGAUGAUUUGAGCAAGUUAACUUUGCCACUAGAAUUACUUAAGGCACUCGUGGAUCUGAAUCCAUCUGAUAUAGUCAAACCUGGUCCAUCGCUAGUGAGCCUCAUACUAACUUUGGCACAUGUGCUUCAUGCCACAGCAUACUUGCAUAGUCAGAGUGCAUCUAGUACUCUCUCUGUCAGGAUGGUUACUACCAGUGUUCUCGGCGCUAUUAUGGAUAAUAUCCCACGCAACUCGGAAAUAUAUGAGAAAGAUAUAUCUGUGCUUAGACAACUUGUAGUGAAAUAUAAGUUACAUCCACGCAGCAUAAUACCACUAGCUCAAAUUCUCGAAGUAAAAGAAUGCAGAGUUUCCAGUUCGGAUGUUGCGCUUUACAUGAUAAUGAAGAUGGAGUUAAGAGUUCGACGUGGAGAGCAUCUCAAAAUUGAUAGUACUGAUAAGGACUUUGAGGCUAUUUUUGAAAUUUCAAAAUCUGAGUGGAAUUUUGCACUAUUGCAGCUGUUACCUCACUGUACUGAUAAUGAGUGGACUUCUGCAUUCUUCCUUACUCACCGUAUUUUGCAGUCAGAACAUACGGCAUAUCCUACACUGCAAGCAUUCCAGAAAGUGCUGUAUCUUGUGUGCAAGCAAAACAAUCUAUUGACCCUACAAUCAGUAGGCUCCUCGACCAAAGAUGAGUUGGAUAAAUGUGCAUCUUCGCAGGCUGCUUCUGUAUCCAUUCAACACUGCUUCAGAUGUUUCGCUUCUGCUGGAAUGGUUUAUGUUGAGGAACUUCUACGGUCACUGCCUUGUGAUAAAAGCUUCCAGUCAAUUUGCAGUAUAUUCAAGUGGUGGUGUCGUGUGGUACCCAUGUACCAAUGUGAUCCUGAUUUGCCAUCGCUUUUCUUAGUCCGUCUUUGUACUACCGUGGAGGAGAUGGUCUCUUCUGGAAAGGUGAAAUUACCUAUGCAGAAGAUUGAGUUAAGUGGCCAUUAUGAAAAGAAUCAAUCAAAUACUAAUGGUGUAGAGGAAAGUGAACAACAGAAAGGUCAUAAAAUAGAUAUAUUGCUCAAGGCAAAACAUGAAAUAAAUGGGAAGGAAAAUACUGAAUCAAGUGAAAGUUAUUAUGAUGUAAAUGAAACAAAGGACAAAUGUGCGAGUCUUAAUAAUUAUGUUAAACUAUGUAAUGGGUUUCAUGAGGAAGAUCCUAUUGAGCCAACUCUUGCAGGUGUGAAGGGUGAAAGUGAAAAUUUAGUGUUUUCAAAAGACAAAGUAGAAAUUUCUGACUUGCAGCCUGGAACCUGUAAGGAAUUUGUAAAGGGGUCUGUAAAUGAAAUGCAGGAAAAUGGUUGCCUUCAAAACAUCAUUAAUGAUAAGAAAAUAAAUAUUUCCAAUAAUGACAGCUCCAGUAGUAAAAAUAAACAAAUGAAAACAGGAGUUCACAUAAGUUCCUUAGAUUUUAAAGCCGAGAUUGAGGAAAUGAUAUUUUCUUUGGUUAAGUAUGUACCAGUGAGUAACUUAGCAUCUUGUAUUGCUAGCAAACUGAAAAAGCUUCAUGAAUUAUAAAGGAGAAUGAACACAAUUAUUUUUUCUUUGUGUUUAACAAUUUAAAGCAUUAAUAAUUACUGGAGGCAUUUGUAAUUCCAUUUAUAUUACCCAUUUUCCUAGAAUCCAGUAGGAAGCAAAGUGUGAAGCCUUCCAAUCAUUGUUAGCCUUGAACACCUCUGUAUACUUCUAUACUAACAUGUUUCUUGGCCAGCAUCUGCUUCAAUCUGUGCCUAUGGACAUUUCAAAUCUCUCUUACAUUUUAUUGUUUAUACUGUUCACUUUGUUGCUUUAUUUGAAAUCUUUACCUUCUGUGUACUCAUUUGGUUCAUGGCUGAUGCAGAAUAAAUUUCCAGUACUUCACUUAAUUUACCGAAGUACUGUAAGUUCUUUCAUUCCAUAAUCCUUUUUCUCUUUCAUGCAUUAGAGGCAACUGUCUCGCCCUGCCUCAAUGCUCGCACUCCAUUCUUAAUUAGCUCCAGUCCAGUCUUCAUAUUCAGUUAUUUUCCUGAUACUGUAUUAAAUUUUGUCUUUUAUUCCAACUUUUCCCUAUUUUGUUUUUAUUACCAUUUAAGGUGAGCUUUGGAUGUGUGUUUACAUCAUACACAUGGUGUAGGUGGAGGCAGGUUCACUGCCUAUAUAUUAUGCUCUGGUUUUAUAGGCGUUUCAGUCAUUACAUCUUUUUUCUUGACUGCGUUUAAAAAAUGUGCCUUAUCUUCCAGAAUGAUUUUUUUUGUUAACAUACUAAACAAAUUUAUGAUGAUUUCAGAAAAUAUAUAUACAUAACAAAUA